AGUUAGAGCGCCAUCAUCGAUGGGUUGCUUGGAAACGUAACGCUGGCCCAAUCAAUUAUCUCAUUGGCAAACAUUUUCCUGAAUUGAAGUUAUUCAAUAGAUGUUGGUAAAUAAUGGAUGAGGAAGUGGAUAUCAAGACAGCCCCGCAGCAGGAUAGUAACAAGUUUGACAUGCUCUGCGAUGGCGUCCUCAACUCUAUAGCAUUAGUACAGGCAACUCUUGCUGAGUUCCUGUCAUUGAAAGAUGAACUCCUGAUUCAUGCUCUACCUCCAACUCUGAUGGCCAGACUUAUCAUGGUCUCUGGUAGGAUAUUCAGAAGCACGAAUGAUCUUGAGACCCCAGUCAAUGAGUUGGUUAGACUGGUCCGAGUUUUCUCUGUAUCCUGGGAAGAGAAGAGUGCCGCUCUGAAAAAACUUCACAAUGAUUACGAGAGCAAGCACAAGCAGCUCAAUAUCGCUGUGAGGAGACUACAACUUCUUGAUUCACAGGCUAAGAGAAUGGCAAAGGAGAAACGCAUUAUGAUGUGGGAGAAACUCUUCUCGAAGGUCACUAGUUGCAGAGGACACGGAAGAAGAUGGAAAUUCCUCAUUGAUAACUUCAAGCAGAAGUCUAAGUUGGGGAUGGAGCAUCUCCAAGCAUACAUAGAGUCAUUGGAUAAAGAACCUGAUUCUGACGGAGAAGGAGGGGAUAAGGACGAGAGCAAUGAAUUUGAUGGGCGGAGCCAGUCAUCAGUGAAUGAACUACAAUUACUCAGCUCAUCCGAUGAACUUGAUUUCACCGAGGAGUCUGACGAAGAUGAUGAGGUCAAAGGUCACGAGAGUACAGCUAGGGCGACCGUACAGACGCAGAGAGAUGAAUUAGAUAGUGAUAUCGUCACUCCAGCAAGCAAGCGAGUGACUUUCAUCGACCCCAAGAAAGGCUUAGGAGGUCCCGAGGUCAUCCCAGAGACGGUUAUUGUGGAGGUUCCUGCUCCAAAGCCCCCUUCAGCUGAUAAGACUGUAUGGACGCAUGAACCGGAAUAUGACUGGUUCUUUAAUAUAAAGGUCUUCCAUCCAGUUGGUAUUACAGGACCAGACAUCAAAUGCAGCAUUAACUUCAAGAAAGAUUUCAAGAAGACAGAGUUUUAUGCCAGACCCGUGUCUAGGGGUCUGAGUGGAAGACGUUCGCAGGUGCGCUCCGGGCGAGGCAUGAUCGGAUCCAAGAUAGGAAAGAACAACCAAACAUCAAAGUCGGUCACUCUUAAGUUACCAGAUGAGAGAAAUAUUGACGAUAGGUGGCAGAACCUUGUCUUUCCUAUUGGUGACAGUCCUCUUUUCAACAUGGAAGAUGAGCUCACAAAGAAAGAUGAGGAUGCAGCUCAAGCGAAAGAAGGAGAGAAGGACAAAAAGAAAGAGCCUGAAGAAGAAGAUGCGGAGGAUGAUGGAGGGGAUGAUGGGAAGGAUCCGUCUAGGGUCCAGUCCGGUCAUUCUACGGUAUCAUCACUAGGAGGAGAGAUGCCUCUUAAACUAGGUGUCCACCAAGGGCACCUGGAUGAACUCAUCGCGAUGGGGAACAUAGACCUUGCAGACUUACGCGGAGAGGACAUCCCAAUAUUUGAGAGUGCAGAAGAGACAGGAGAGACCCUCCCUCACACAUUCCCUAUCUAUCCCAUCAAGCCUAGCAGGAAGCUCAAAGCUAGUCCAGAGGCUCCGGUCGGAUCACUUCCUAUCAUCUUCUUCUACACAAGAAUUCACAAGCCCUUCACGUUUGAGAAGGAAUCAGAGACUGCUAGUAUUACUGAGAUCGUAGAAGAUUUGACUGGAGUUGAUCUCAACAAGAUGAAGAAAGAAGAUCUUAGUAUCAACAAAGAAUAUGAUGAAAGAUGCCUCUCAGCCAUGACUAUUAGGUCAGCCACCCCUUCAGAGAAGCCAGAAAUGGUCCCCAAGGCUGAACUUGAUAUAGUUAUUGAACAACACAAUCAGGAGUUGACGGUCCUAACAGAAGAUUUUGAAUCUCGGAUUCGUGAUUUGGCUGCAGCCCUUGAAGCAGUGCAGACUGAACAACUUAAUCUACUGAGUGGAGCACCACCGGGUCAAGGAGACGAGUCAGAAGAAAGAGUUAUGGAGAUGGUUGCUUCUUCAAGAUCACCCUUCAGAGGUUGGACACCUGGUAAGGACAGUCAGCUAGUGGUCCCUCAGCCUCCGGACAAGGAUCGGUCAAGCAGUAAGAAGAAGGGCAAGAAAACUGGGACCAAGUUACCGGAAUGGGGGAGUGACUUGCCCAAGGACUUCUUGGAGCGUUUGCAGAUGUUCAACGAGGAAAGCGAGAGGAGACGACAAGAGCUUGAGAAGAAAACCAAGAAUGAAGUUAGCAGCCAUAUUGAGAAGCAGUUAGCUGGGACGUAUAAACUUAGCUUACAAGACACACAGAGUCCUGAUGCUACCAAAGAUAUCAGCUUGCCAGCAGUAUUCAUGCCUACUCGGACAGGUCAGCUGUACAACCCAAGAGCUCAUCAUUACUUCCAUCCGUCCGGUUCACUUGGUCAUCUGAGACUCACUCAACCACCUUCAAUCUUUCAAUUGCCUCCGUUACCAGCAAAACAUAAAAUGUCUGUGAUCAACCUGUUUGACAUCAGAAAGAGCAUGAACUGGGCGGUGACAGAGGACUGGACGAACCGCAUCCCUCAAACUCCUGCAGAACUCCUGGAGAAUACCCUUCACCCGGGAACACCUAUGACUAACAAUACUGAGCCUCGAGCAAACAUGGCUGCCACUGAUGAUACAAGACAGUAGGGGCUGGAC